AUUGGGAGGAAGGGUGAUGGAGCAGGAGAGCUCAACGGUCCGCGGGGGAUCGCGGUGGACGGGGAGGGAAACAUCAUCGUGUCGGAUACCAACAACCACAGGGUACAGGUCUUCUCCAAGGACGGGCAGCAGCUGCGAGCGUUCGGGCGGUGGGGAGGGAAGGAGGGAGAGCUCAAAUUUCCUCACGGGGUUGCAGUGGAUGGAGCAGGGAACAUCGUGGUGGCGGACAACGGAAAUCACCGGCUGCAGCUCUUCUCGCCUAGCGGGAGCUUCCUGCGCGUAUUGGGGAGGGAGGGAACCGGGCCUGGCGAGCUCGAGCGUCCUGUGGGAGUGGCCGUCGGCGAAGGAGGGAAGGUGUUGGUCACCGACUGGUACAAGAAGAGGGUGCAGGUGCUGGACUCUGCGGGCGGGUAUGUCACGAGCAUCGGGGAGGAGGCGCCGGUCAGGCCGGUCAGGCCGGUCGGGGUCUCGGUGGAUGGGGGAGGGAACGUGUUGGUGUGCGAC